UUUGUCCUAAACCAGUCCGAAAAUUACUUUUAGAAUUAUAUUUAUUUUAUACAAGUUUGCUAUUUAAAAUAGAGUCUAAGUACAAGUGACGAUGUUUCCCAGGGAAAUAGUUUAUUUAUUUUUAAUUUCGUGCUGUGUAUCGGAAAUAGUUGCUGUAUUUGGUGGAUCUGUCGUACUAGGAAAAAUCGGAACAAAUCGAAUAGAAGAUGUUAAACUAAGAUUUUAUAAUGGAAAAACAGCAGAACAGCAUGUUGACAUUCCUCUCAGUCAGUCGCAGCAGUUACUCCAAGUCCAGGGUUUUAACCAGAACAACCCCACCGUUUUCUACAUUCAUGGAUAUGUUGAACUUCCUGAACAGGAAAGUAUAAAGGUUAUCGUAAACGCCUACUUGCAAGCAAGGCCGGGUACGAACGUCAUAUUACUAGACUGGUCGGAAAUGGCACAAGGGUCUUAUGCCCUCAAUGCUGUAUGGAACGCCAAAAGGGUUGGACCUGCUGCAGCAGAACAGUUGAAUAAACUGAUAGACUUAGGACUUCCUUUAGAAAAGUUACACAUCAUUGGCUUUUCAUUAGGCUCCCAAGUGGCAGGGUACACUGCAAGGGAACUCAAGACUAGAUUCAACAAAUAUGUCAAAAGAGUAACUGUCCUUGAUCCCGCUUACCCGUCAUUCUAUCCAAGUACCUAUUUAUUACAACACGUGAACGCGGGAGAUGCAGAGUUUGUGGAUGUUAUACACACUGACGCCGGUGGUUAUGGUGCACCGGUACCAACUGGAACGGCUGACUUCUGGCCAAACGGUGGACAUCGCGUACAACCUGGAUGUCCUAUAUUUGCUCUAAUACCACUCUCCGAUGCAAAUCUAUGUAGUCAUUGGAGAUCAUGGCAGUAUUACGCAGAAUCAGUGAGAAAUCCUGAAGCUUUUCCUGCUUCUCCUGCUUCGUCUUAUGUUAACUAUCAAUUCAAUCAAAACCGUGCUCUGGGAAUGAUGUAUAUGGGAUAUGGCUGUGAUAAAAAUGCCCGAGGAAAUUAUUACUUAACAACGAAUGCUCAAGCACCAUUUGGAAGAGGACUGAACGACAUAUAUUAGAUUAGAAGCUCAAGGCUUCAACUUCUAAUUUUUAUAUUUUUAUUCUUAUAAUCAAUGAUAUUUUUACUAUUUUAAAUUAGGGCAUUACAUAUUAUUUUAUAAUACUGCUUUUAUUUUCAGUAAUUUUAAAGAGAAUGCCACUAAGCAUUGAGUCCACCAUUGUAUACUCAUUGUCCAAAAAGUGUAA